GCGCACGCCGGGUGACGCUCGGAGGAGGAAGCGCAGCCCCUUCCCCUCCCUCGCCGCCCCGGGCCCAGCGGGAGCCCCCCAGUGCGCCUGUGCGGAGGCCCGCUUGAUUAUGUGUGCCCUCCUCGGGCGGCGGCGUUAGCGGCCGGGUGGAGGUGGGGAGGGAGGACGCCGCGGAGGAGGAGGAGGCGGUGGCGGGGAGGAGGGGGGAGUCAGCAAGGACAUGGCUCCUGACUCCUGUGCGGAACGUGAGUGACUGAGCGGCAAAGCCCGAAUGGUCUCUAGCGACCGGCCCGUGUCACUGGAGGACGAGGUCUCCCAUAGUAUGAAGGAAAUGAUUGGAGGCUGUUGCGUUUGCUCAGACGAGAGAGGCUGGGCCGAGAACCCGCUGGUUUAUUGCGACGGGCACGGCUGCAGCGUCGCGGUGCAUCAAGCUUGCUAUGGCAUUGUUCAAGUACCUACUGGACCAUGGUUUUGCAGGAAAUGUGAAUCUCAGGAGAGAGCAGCCAGAGUGAGAUGUGAGCUGUGUCCCCAUAAAGAUGGAGCUUUAAAAAGAACAGAUAAUGGGGGUUGGGCUCAUGUGGUUUGUGCCCUCUAUAUUCCAGAGGUACAAUUUGCCAAUGUCUCUACAAUGGAGCCAAUCGUUUUACAGUCUGUCCCACAUGAUCGUUAUAAUAAGACUUGCUAUAUAUGUGAUGAACAAGGAAGAGAAAGCAAAGCAGCCACUGGUGCUUGCAUGACAUGUAAUAAACAUGGAUGUCGACAGGCUUUCCAUGUAACUUGUGCUCAGUUUGCUGGGCUGCUUUGCGAAGAAGAAGGCAAUGGUGCAGACAACGUCCAGUACUGUGGAUACUGUAAAUACCACUUUAGUAAGCUGAAAAAGAGCAAACGGGGAUCUAAUAGGUCAUAUGAUCAAAGUUUAAGUGAUUCUUCCUCUCACUCUCAGGAUAAACAUCAUGAGAAAGAGAAAAAAAAAUAUAAAGAAAAGGACAAACACAAACAAAAACACAAGAAGCAACCAGAACCAUCACCUGCUUUGGUUCCUUCUUUGACUGUUACUACAGAAAAAACUUACACAAGUACUAGCAACAACUCUAUAUCUGGAUCAUUGAAGCGCUUGGAAGACACUGCAGCACGAUUUACAAAUGCAAAUUUCCAGGAAGUCUCUGCACAUACCUCUAGUGGAAAAGAUGUUUCAGAGGCUAGAGGGUCAGAGGGCAAAGGGAAGAAAUCUUCAGCUCACAGCUCAGGGCAAAGGGGCAGGAAGCCUGGUGGUGGAAGAAACCCAGGAACCACUGUGUCAGCAUCUAGCCCCUUUCCACAAGGCAGUUUCUCAGGAACUCCAGGCAGUGUGAAAUCAUCUUCUGGAAGUUCUGUGCAGUCUCCCCAGGACUUCCUAAGCUUCACAGACUCAGAUGUGCGUAAUGACAGUUACACUCACUCCCAGCAGUCAUCAUCAACCAAAGAUGUGCAUAAAGGAGAGUCUGGGAGCCAGGAAGCAGGAGCAAACAGCUUCAGUUCUCUGGUGGGUCACCCUGGGACCCCAACUGUCAUUUCACAGCCCAAAAGCUUUGAAAAUUCACCUGGAGAUUUGGGAAGUUCCAGCCUCUCUACAGCAGGCUAUAAGCGGGCUCAGACUUCUGGUAUUGAGGAAGAGGCUGUAAAGGAAAAGAAGCGAAAAGGAAAUAAACAAAGUAAACAUGGGCCUGGCCGACCCAAAGGAAACAAAAAUCAAGAGAAUGUUUCACACCUUUCAGUUUCUUCUGCUUCACCAACAUCAUCUGUAGCAUCAGCUGCAGGAAGUGUAACAAGCUCUAGUCUUCAGAAAUCUCCUACAUUGCUCAGGAAUGGAAGUUUGCAGAGUCUUAGUGUCGGCUCAUCUCCAGUUGGUUCAGAAAUUUCCAUGCAGUAUCGGCAUGAUGGAGCUUGUCCAACAACUACUUUCUCAGAGUUGCUGAAUGCAAUACACAAUGGUAUUUAUAACAACAAUGAUGUAGCUGUAACAUUUCCAAAUGUGGUAUCUGGCUCCGGAUCUAGUACUCCUGUCUCUAGCUCUCACAUACCUCAGCAGUCAUCUGGGCAUUUGCAACAGGUGGGAGCCCUCUCCCCCUCAGCUUCAUCAUCUGUAACCUCUGCAGCCACUACGACUCAGGCAAAUACCCUUUCUGGAUCUUCUCUUAGUCAGGCACCAGCUCAUAUGUAUGGCAGUAGAUUAAAUCCAAAUCCACCCAUGGCAGUUCUCAUAGCUCAGUCUGAAAGCAACCAAACAGAUCAAGAUCUGGGAGACAAUAGCAGAAGCCUAGUUGGUCGAGGAAGCUCACCCCGAGGGAGCCUCUCACCAAGAUCCCCUGUGAGCAACUUACAGAUUCGCUAUGAUCAACCAAGCAAUAGCAGUUUGGAAAAUCUGCCUCCAGUAGCAGCAAGUAUUGAACAACUUUUGGAGAGGCAGUGGAGUGAAGGACAGCAAUUUUUAUUAGAACAGGGUACUCCUAGUGACAUUUUAGGAAUGCUGAAGUCGUUACACCAACUUCAAGUUGAAAAUCGAAGAUUAGAAGAACAAAUUAAAAACUUGACUGCCAAAAAAGAGCGUCUGCAGUUACUGAACGCACAGCUUUCCGUGCCUUUUCCAACAAUAGCGACCAAUCCUAGUCCGCCUCAUCAAAUACACACGUUUUCUGCACAGACUGCUCCUACUACUGAUUCAUUGAACAGCAGUAAGAGCCCACAUAUAGGAAACAACUUUUUACCUGACAAUUCUCUCCCUGUGUUGAACCAGGACUUAACUUCCAGUGGACAAAGCACCAGCGGUUCUUCUGCUCUGUCUACCCCCCCGCCUGCUGGGCAGAGUCCAGCUCAGCAAGGCUCAGGAGUUAGUGGGGUUCAGCAGGUCAAUGGUGUGACAGUAGGGGCGCUAGCUAGUGGAAUGCAGACUGUAACAUCCACCAUUCCUGCCGUGUCUGCAGUUGGGGGAAUAAUUGGAGCUUUGCCAGGUAACCAACUGGCAAUUAACGGCAUUGUAGGAGCUUUAAAUGGUGUAAUUCAGACCCCUGUCACAAUAUCCCAGAAUCCUGCCCCCCUUACCCACACCACUGUACCACCUAAUGCAGCACAUCCAAUGCCUGCUGCUGCACUGACUAACAGUGCCUCUGGAUUAGGAUUACUGUCCGACCAGCAGAGACAAAUGUUUAUCCAGCAGCAGCAGUUCCAGCAGCUAUUAAACUCCCAGCAGCUCACACCGGAACAGCAUCAGGCCUUCCUGUAUCAGCUGAUGCAGCAGCAGCAGCAGCAGCAGCACCACCCACCUGAGCUCCAGCAGCUGCAGCUCCCUGCGCCCACACAGAUCCCCAUCAACAACCUCCUUGCAGGCACUCAGGCGCCCCCACUUCACACAGCCACCACCAACCCCUUUCUCACGAUCCACGGGGACAGCACAAGUCAGAAAGUCACAAGACUUAGUGAUAAAACUGGGCCUGUAGCUCAAGAGAAAAGUUGACAGCAUCUUCUGGACUCCCCUGCUGUCCUGCACUCCCCAGUUGCUGUAGAACUCUGCCACAGCUAUGAAGGAAGGCGGCAGGCUUGCACAGGGAAGGACGCCAUGCUUGCUCUUGUAAGGGUUUGCUUAAUUUUCUUGUCACUUUGUUGCACUGAAAUGAAAUUACUAUAUCCCCAUCCCCUACCAAAGUGGUUCAACUUUGGAAGAAAAAUGAGUAACUUUUUGUCAAUGAAAUAAUUCACUUACAGAGUUUAUCAACCCGAGAAAAAUGGAAUGUGCUCAGUUGCCCAGCUGGUUUUGUUAUAAAUUAGAGACACAAAUGGUAAAACUAAAGACUUACUUCAUUUGCAAACCACUUGGUUUUAUUGUCAAAGUUGGAAUAUGAAAUUGGGAUCUCAUUUGGAAUAGAGUGUGCUUGCUCUAUGGGGCGGAGCUUAAGUUUUGAGAACUGUCCAAUUUCUUCUCCUGGAAUUGUUUCAUUAACUGUUGUGAUUAUACAGAUCCUCAACUGGGGCUUUGCAAAUGUUGUCUUAAAAAAUUCCUUUCUAAUGAGAUUUGUCCAUUUGGUGAUUAAAUUAGGACAGAAACACCUGCUUCUGCUGACAGUAAUUUUCUCUUGCAAAAAAAAAAAAAAAAAAUGCUUUUCUUAUUGUUAAAACC